AGUUCUGUCACUGUGGCGUCAGUUAAAGGACGUGACACACACACACAAACCACUUAAAAUAUUCACCAAACCCUUCAGACUUGUACAAUGAACAACAUUCUCAGAUCGACAGCCCGGUGUCUUCGACCGGGCGCGUGGCAUUACAGAACAGCGCAGAAUAAUGGAGAGAUGCUGUCUGGUUGGGCCCGCCUCAUGUGCUCCUCGGCGGGCAAGAAGAACAUGGAGGAGAUGGUGAAGAAGGACAAGGUGGUGGUCUUCAUGAAAGGCACUCCUGGGCAGCCCAUGUGCGGCUUCAGCAACGCAGUCGUUCAGAUCCUCAGAAUGCACGGGGUCGACAGCUACGCGGCUUAUAACGUGCUGGAUGAUCAGGAUAUCAGAGAAGGAAUAAAGACGUUCUCCAACUGGCCGACGAUUCCACAGGUGUACUUCAACGGGGAGUUCGUCGGGGGCUGUGAUAUCCUCCUUCAGAUGCAUCAGAGCGGCGACCUGGUAGAGGAACUUCAGAAGCUGGGAAUCAGAUCAGCUCUCCUGGAUCAAGAAAAACAGUCCUAGUCAGCGAAGUCGCAUCCGUAGGGUGAUUGUCCAAUGAUGUAAACUUCUCAAAGGUUGACUUGUGAAGGGUGAUUUGACCUGCUGAAGUCCAAACUAAAGGUUAGGAUGUCAAAACUCCGAAAUCCUGAGAAAUCACUGUAAAACACUUGACAUAGAAUUACCGUAUUACACACGAUUACAUUUCUAUUGCAGUAUGCUUGCCUUUAUUUCAGAUACUCUAAUGUUAGACCACUGCAUAUUUAAAAUGUUGUAUUUUGAAAUAUAUUAUUACAUGUAUUUUAGAUGUAUAUCAGUUUUUUUGUCAAUAAAAUAAUUUAAAGCACCCA